AUGGGGACGCCCGGGGGUUGGCAUGGUGGUACUGGACGCCCCGGCGGCCUUCCUUUCCGUGCUCAAGGGCAAACCAGACCUCUCAAUUGGGAGAGUCUGAUCUGUUCUAGGGUCGGGAUUAGCGGCGCGGAAUCGAAGCGGGAGUCGGGACAGAUCUCCAAGAUGCCUGAACAUAGGGAACUCAAGAGGACGGCCCUCACCCCGCUGCCCCGGCGGUUCGCGUCGCCCUCCAGCAACAAGGAGAACGUGCCGCCAGUCUGGGCUGUGAAGGCUACGCCCCCGAGGAGGAGGAGCCCACUUCCUGGCUGGUACCCGAGGACGCCGCUCCGUGAUAUCACGGUGAUUGUAAAGGCUAUUGAGAGAAGCCGCUUAAGGAUUGCUGCAGCUCGGCAGCAAAGCGAAACACCUGAGCAAUCUCUGCAACCUGCAAACUUGACGACUCCGGUACCGGCAGAGCAGGGCACUCCUCAUUCUACUGAAGCUCAGGACUCCCAAGCUAUCGCCUCUGGUUCUGGCUUAACUGAAAUGGUCGCAAACCCUGCACCUGGCCAGGCAGAGCACGACUUCAAGGUCUAUUCUUCGCCAUCCAAGAGCUCACAGAAGACUCCAACAAAACCCAUCGAUCCAGCGCUCGCUGAUCUCAUGGAGAAGAAACUGACCAGCUCAAUAGAGCAAAUCGAGAAGAUGGUGAAGAAGAACCAGAAGAAGGCCGCUCAGCCUUCCAAGAGGGCCAACCAGAGGCGCACUCUCAUGUCCAUGCGAUGA